AUGGCCCAAGGCGCCAUCAAAUCCAAGAAAUCCUCCGCCGCGCCCGCGUCCGCUGGCAGGAAAGCCAAGCCCCAGCCCCCGAAGAAGGGCGCGCGCGUGACGAAGGCGAAGAAGGCGUCCGCCGCGGACAAGAUGCAGAAGAAGUUCGCGGCGGGCAUGGUGGCCAAGACGGAGAAGCUGCUCGGCGAGAGGGCCGGGCACCUGGAGUUGAUCGGCAAGGGCAGGCUUAAGGGUGCGGAGAAGGACGGCGUUGACAAGAAGAAGGGUGGGACGAGGAAAUUUGGUACCGCGGAAGACUAG